AACAAUAAAUUAGACAUAAAGGAAAAUGUAAAAACUUUGAUAAGAAGCCUUAAUAAUAGUAAUCAUAUAGAGAAUUAAGAGCUACGUUUGUACUGAAGAAUAUAUGCAAAGUUUUGGAAAAUUCAAGCUCAUGAAAUAGUUGCAGUCCGGUAGCCGUGCAUGGCAUUUAUUAUUUUGAGAAAUCUUAGUGUAAAAACUUUGAAAAGAAAAACAGAAAGAAUAUUUUUUAUUAUAUGCAUUUGCUUAUAUAUAAGUAAACAAAUACACCGGUCUAUGUGUUCUAUGAAAAUAUUCGCAUUUGCAUUUACCUUAAUGAUAUUUUAAUAUACAUGUUUUUUCUAACGUGAUUCUAAUUGUAAAUUAAGAAGUCUAAUAUUAAUGGUGAUUUUUCUACGCACUUUCACAUGAAAACAGAGAAAAACAUGUUUAAAACAAAGAAUUUCUUGCAACUUAUUGCUAAAGAAUUGCUUUCGAUACGGAGAUCAAGUGGAAUAAUAGUUGCACCUACCGUUAGCCUUGAACCAAGCAAAUUUAAAUUGCGACGAGCGUUAAUCAUUACAAAACUUUCACGCUAUGAAUUUGAACAGUCACGUUAUCCUGAACUUAAUGAGGAACAAUUCCAUCAAAUGAUGCGUAAACGUGGCACCGAUCUAGAUGCUUGGAUCUAUCAUCAUAAAUUGCAUAAAUCAUUUGAAGAUAAUAUAGUGAAAUGCUUCCAGGAUGCUGGCUGUGAAGUGAAGAUGACAAGUAGAGCCGAAUUUAGAAGUUCGCUAAGCAAAGAGGUUAUGAAUUGGGCGGAUGUCAUUGUGCCCAUUGGUGGGGACGGUACAUUCCUAUUGGCGGCCGGACGAGCUAGCCCAUUGUUUGCGCAAUCCCAUACCAAAAUACCCAUAGUAGGUUUCAAUUCGGAUCCUCAACGAUCAGCUGGCAGACUCCUAUUGCCCAAACACUAUUCAGAUUAUCCAGCAGAAGCGGUAGCGAAAAUAAAAGCGGGCGAUUUCAAAUGGAUGCAUCGAACACGUAUACGCAGCACAAUACUGGGAAUCAAUGGUAAAAUACCGCAAAGUUAUGAUCUAUACAGACAUUGCAUAUCUAAAAUGGAACAAAAAACGACUCGGCCUGAAACACUUGAUAAAGAGUUAGCCAAAAAGUAUGACGCAAAAGUGAAAAGAGUUUUACCUUAUUUGGCAUUGAAUGAGGUAUUUAUAGGGGAAACUUUGUCCUCACGUGUAACGCACUUGCAACUGACAUUAGAUCAUGGAAAUGUGUUAUAUAAAACGAAAAGUUCCGGAUUAUGUGUAAGUACUGGGACGGGAUCAACGUCUUGGCAUUCCAGUAUUAAUCGCAUUACCCGGCCUUCUGUGGAUGGUUUGUCUAAAAUACUUCCAGAGAAAGUUCGCAACGAUUUUAAUGGCCUAGAUAAAGAUGAAUUAGUGCGAAAAUAUAAUGAAAGUUUAAUAUUUCCUGCAGACGAUCCCCGCAUUUGUUAUUCGAUACGUGAACAAAUUAAUGUUGGUGUUUGGCCUUCUCCUGAAGAGUUCGAGCCACGUCAAUUUGUAACCAAUUUAUACGUAAAAUCCUGUUGCUUCGAUGCAAAUCUAGUAAUUGAUGGUAGCAUUUGUUACUCAUUCAAUGAUGGUUCGAAAGUUCUACUGGAAGUACAUCCGGAAGAUGCCUUAUUAGCUAUAACAUUGGACUGAUUUUUG